GUUAAUUAUUCUAUUUCUUUCACAUCGUCAGACUAUUGUCAGGCUAAUUUUUGUCAAUCUGUUAGGUGUAAAAUGAUAGCUAGCAAGCAGAUGGGGACCUCAGUCCUACAACUAGAAGGAACCAAAUUCUGCCACAACCAUGUCAGCUUCCAAGAGAACCCUGUGCUAUAGAAUGAAACACAACCUGGCAGACACCUUGACUGCACUUUGUGAGACUCUGAGCAGAGGACCCAGCAAAGCUAUGCCUGCAUCCUGACCCACGGAAACUGAGAAUAAAUUACCUACAUUUUACUCAGUGAUUCUCAAAAUUUAGUGUGCAUAAGAAAAUUCCCUGGGAAUGUUUACUGAAGUGCUUAUUGCAAGACACUACCCAAGAGAUUUCAAAUCAGUACCUCUGAGUGGAACCUAUUUGCCUGCACAAGUUGGAAAAACACUGAAACUCAAAGGAAGGAACCUCAGAUGGAGCCAUUCAGUUCUAUCUGGAGAUGAGUGGAAGAGAUUGUCAGGAGUGAACAUUUUUCUGGCUGUCAUCAAGUAACAUCAGAGUAAUUGGGCUGUGUAUGUUUAUUUGUGGCUUAUAAGACUAUUUAUACCCAGAAGAGCACAUUUGUACCUAGUAUUUGUAUGAGGUUAUAUGUGAGGUAUCUUAAGGGAUUUAGCCUAUAUUGUGUGUUCUCCUUGCUGUCUCUGAGUACUUGCUUGUGUUCUCUGAAUUUGGGAGGGAAGUAAGGAAGGUAGAAAUGGGGACAAGGGGGAGGAGCGGCAAUGGAGGGCCUAUGGCAUUGUCUCUGAGAAGGAGAGACACUCAAGCAUUGUGCUGGCGAAUAUGCUUAUUUCUUCAUCUGGCAAUGGUUGGUUAGCUAUCAAUGAACCAGAGCAGAAGACCAGAACUGAAAGCAUGACACCCACCCAAAAAACAGUUUGGGUUUUCUCCAAAACCAUUUUCCUUCUGUAUGUGGAGGCAAUGAGCUGAAUAGAGAAUAUAAGUAGACUUCAAGAAGCCCCCUCCACACUCUAGAGCCUGACGUGGCCACUCCGGAGCCUCUUGCCUUUGCCAGUGCUCAGAGCUACCUUCAGUCUCAUGGGCGGCUUUGAGGGUCAUCUGUACCCAGGACUGUCUCUCUUCUUCUAUGGACUUUAUCACGCACGACUCGUCUCCAGGGCCUUGAUAUGCAACUACCCCGUCCAGUAUCUGCCACGCCGUCCCUGGAGCAAAGGAAGAUGGGCGAAGCUGCAGCAAAUACACUAUGUGGGACUGGCGAAGAUAUUGAGCUCCUUCAUUUUAGUAGCCCAAGAAAUGCAUAACAUUCAAGGGCAGUUUGUACUGAUCAGCAAGAUAUAUCACCAGAGAAACUUUUUGUACCACAAACAGUGGCAGCACCUCACUCUCUACACGACCUUCUUCCUGAGUGGGUGUGUAGAUGUGGUGAGCCAGAACCUGCUGCCCCAGCGGUCUCCUGCCCUGGAACAAGGCGCCCAAGGCCUGGGCAUGUUUCUGAUUCUGCCCCUGAUGGUGUCUCACUUGCAGGACUCAGAAGGGGUGGAGCUGCAGUGUCACGUCCUGCUCAUCCAGGCCUUGUUCCUGCUGCUGCUGGUGGUGAUCGCUGAGCUGUGGGCUCCCAACGUGCGGCGGCUCUGGGUGAUGAAGGCCUUUUUAUAUAUGAUUACAGGCUCCUGGCUGAUCCAGAUAGGCUUUAUACUGUACAAACCAAUCUCUGGCCAUAAAUGGAUGGAUGGUGACAAAAAUGAUAUUUUAUUUGUCACCGUCUUCUUCUGCUGGCAUGUGGCUUCCGUUGCCAUUUUGAUCAUCUGGAUCUACGGCAUCUCCUUUUUGUGGUAUUGUUACAUUUGCUGAUGUCUGAACCAGGUGAGCCCGGAAGGGUUCCUCUCACCUGCACAUUCUGGAACGUCUGGAGGAGAAGUUGUGGGAAGAGGAACUGUCAGAGAGGGAGACCAAGUGUCUAUCCUUCAGAGGUGCCACCGAGGUAUCUCACUCCACUGGGAGGGGCAUACAGCUCUCUCCUCUUUUGGCUUCUUUCAGUCUCGUUUGCUAAGCAGUGAGCAGAGAAAAGGCAAAUGAACCCAGGAGGCAAGUUACUAUGUCCUUCACUUUCAGCUCCCCAAG